CCCGCUUCCUUGUUGUUGGUCAUGGGUUACGCCCACGACGCCGCCUCGACGCCGCCUGACGCCUUGGCGCCGCCAUGCCGCCGCCACUGACGCCCGCUGACUCACGGAUCCCGAGUCACGGCCGCCACCUGCUUCGCUCGCUGCUUCGCUGUCAUGAACACCCUCUGCCUUUGCCCUCUUCCUUCCUUUACCCUUGCCCUUUCCUUUCUGUUUGCCUGCCUUAGCGCUUUCCCUUCCUUCUGUUUGUUUGUUUCCCGCGCUGUGCUGCCUUGUUGUCUUAUCGCCAGCACGCGCGCUGUCGGUGUUCCCUUCCCGCUUCCUUGUUGUUGGUCAUGGGUUACGCCCACGACGCCGCCUCGACGCCGCCUGACGCCUUGGCGCCGCCAUGCCGCCGCCACUGACGCCCGCUGACUCACGGAUCCCGAGUCACGGCCGCCACCUGCUUCGCUCGCUGCUUCGCUGUCAUGAACACCCUCUGCCUUUGCCCUCUUCCUUCCUUU